CAAAAUCCAACACAGUGCAAUCAAACCCACACAUAACAAGGAGAGACCUGACAACAUAUCAUGCCUAACAGAUUUGCAUCCAAGUUCGCAAACUUCGGUGAUUCGCUGAAGGGAGCAGUCGGGGAUGCCAUUGACAAAAUCGACGAUGCCAUCGACAAGAUUGACGACAAAAUCGAUAUGCCAAUCAUUAUUGGUGAGAAUCAAAUCAAAGGGCGCUAUUGAAUUUUUKGUGGUUGCUGUUGUAUUGUGCCACAGUACUGGUGCAAGGUACUAUGCAUUGCGUCGAUUAGAAAUGAUCACGAUGCCUUGGGCUAGAAAAUAGAAUCCAUGGAUCUUUUACUCAUCAUUGUUCUUUUGCCAAAUCACCAACGAUACAAAAAACUUACGACACCUUACAAUGCGUGCAACCCAAACACCAGACUUCGUCGGGAUCAAACGGGCUGGAGACGAAUGUUAUGAGAUGGCACGAGAAACCUCGGGAUUGUGCAAGACCACCAUCGAUAAGGCCAACGAAAUGGUCGCAUUUGGACAGGAACUCCAAACGACCCUUGACGAUGUUUGCAAGAGUAAAUACAAGAGCCGCGGCGCAUCCGGUGCCCACAAUAGUAAAGGAAUAAUAGAUGCCUCAAAGUUCAAGAUCAUCCAGGAACUGGUUGAGGGCGAAAAGAUGCAAUCGGCAACGCUGCUCGCAAAAGAGCUUUCGGCUCUUUCCCUAGAGUGCGUCGACAAGUCCAAGGCUAUGAUGCUAUCGAUGGAAAAAGGCAUCGACGCCCUUCCGGACAUCGUCGAGCCCUUCGUUGAGCAGGGCCUCAAGGCCAGCGCCGCCAGAAACAAGGGCCACCGCAAGGGAGAUCCGGAACUCCCGGACAUCGAGGCGUCCGUUCAGGACCUGAAAUCGCUUGUCUCGGGCGUUGAGACAGUUGGAUUGUUUACCGUCGUCGAGAGGGGGAGCGCUGCCUUUGAGGGAUUGCGGACCAACGGGGAACUGUCCAAGAACAUGUUCCUGUCCAUUCAGGAGUUUGCAGAAUCCAUCGAAUCCGUAUCGGGAUCGGUUCGCGGCCUCAAACGGGAAUCCAUGACCGCGAAGAGUUACCUAAAACUCAUGGGGCCUAUGAAGACGGUGGCUAAGGAUGCCUGGAGGUGCCUGCGGUUGUCCGGCCUCAUGAAGGACUUUGCGGAACAGGUCGGGAGGCUCAUCCAUUGGAUCAUCGCGCUCUUUCAAACCGCCUCGGCAAAACUGGGAGCGAUUUGGGGAGCCCUUGCGAAUGCCAAGGACGCUAUGGCGGGCUGUUUGGUGUACGUGACGGAAUCGAUCCGGCUAUGUGACGACUCCAAGACCAAAUCGCUGCUCCUGAGGGACACCUCCAGAAACAUCCAUCACCACCUAUCAAACAUUCUCAAGUUCCGCAAGACCGGUGCGGCAAAGGCGGUAGACUCACUCAGGGAAUUGGCGGAUGGGGACGAGAUCCUUCUCUGCAUCGACCUAGGGACCAACAUCGACGACAUGUUUACGGAUUGCGUAGAACAAGUGGUGGCGACCAUCGACCAGAUCAACGGUGCCAUCGUGAAGAUGCCCGAUGUGUUGACAAGGGACGUUCCAGAGUUGGCUUGUGCCACAAACUGUGUCGAGUACGACGACGAAAUAAAGCAGUGCRUUCGGGGGACAACAAAUCCCCCCGGAAUUAGAGCCACGGCCUCGUCGCUCAACGUCGACGACGACGUCCGACAACUCAAGUCGAUACAGUCAAGCAUCGAGGAGGCCUCCCCCCUGACGGUAAUCCACCGAAGUGCCGAUGGAUUUGCGAGCGUCGGGUCAACCAUCGAAACGUGCGGGAACAUGAUCUCGACCUCCCGUGGGUUUGCCAAGACCUGCCAGACCUCGAUUGAGUCGUUCACGAACGCUGAGUGGGAUUUGGAGUCUGCGCGGGGGCAUAUCCUGGAACUUGUGGCCGUCCGGGAUGCCGGGGUGCAGAUGAAAGAAUUUGUCCACGGAGUUCUGGAGCUGGUCCGGGCCAACCUGGCACUGAUGAAAGCCGUUCGAUCCAAGAGCAAGGGUGUUGCCGGGGGCGCAGAGAGUACCAAUAUCGGUUCUCUUGUGGGAAGCCUUGCGACCGAAGUUGACAUCGACGAUCUGCAGGCUAUAGGGCAGGGGAUUCAGAAACUUGGAUCGCUCUUCAAAUAAAGAUCAGAUCUCGGYUACCAGAGGAAAAAUGACAGCAACAGAAGAAGAUCGAAUAUCAUAGAUCGAUUCUUCUUGCCUGCCUGUUGUUUUAUCAAAAUGUAAAGUACUAUACAUAGUAAAAUACUUAUUUCAUCAAAGUUAUAAAUAGUGUGACAAUUA